GGGAAGCUCAAAGUGUGGGGAGUUGUCUUCUGCUGCAUGGCGUCCAGAGCUAUGCACACUGACCUUGUCAGUGACCAGUCAGCUGAAGGCUUCCUGUUGGCUUACCAACGAUUCACAGCAUUGAGAGGACAUCCGAGGAAACUGUGGUCAGAUCCUGGAAAAAACUUUGUCGGAGCCAGACCUAGCCUCAAGGAGCUCUACAUGUAUUUGGACGGGCUGGAAAAGUCAAAGCUUGAAAAUGAAGCCUCCAAACAUGGUACAGAGUGGAGCUGGAAAAUCCAUCCAGCAGAUUCGCCUCACUGGAACAGAGCUGCUGAAGCUGCUGUCCACACCGUGAAGCGGGCUUUGCACAAUCUAGGAGGAAAUGGAGUCUUCACAUGGGGUGAGUUUCAAACCUUCCUUUAUAUGGCUUCCAACCUCGCCAAUGAAAGACCUAUUGAUGCCAGGACUCAGAGUCGGGAGGACUGUGUAGAGUACAUCAGCCCAAAUUCACUUCUACUUGGAAGAGCUGGACCCAGUGGAGACCCAGGGACCUUUAACUUUGAAGGCUACAGCUACAAGAGAUUAAGAGCUAUCCAAACAGAAGUUGACCGGUUCUGGAGGAAAUGGAGCCAGUUGGCAGGACAAACCUCUUUGUCAGGACCAAGUGGCACACAGCACACAGGAACGUGGCCAUGGGGGAUGUUGUCUGGCUUGCUGACCAAAACACUCUGCGAGGUCAGUUCAGGCUUGCCAGAGUCGUUGAUGUCAAUGCUGACAAAAACGGAAUUGUAAGGGAUGUGCAUGUCAGAACCUUUCCCAGCUACCCAGUCUCAACUGUGAAGCCCACUCAAAAGUUGAGAAAGCCAUCAACCAAAAAACCUGCAACAGUUCUUCACAGAGAUGUCAGACGGAUAGUCGUCCUGCUUCCAGUUGAAGAGCAGCGACAAGGGAACAACUGAAUCCAAUGCAUCACAGAGCUGGUGUGACCUCCUUGGGUUGAACAACCAGGAGGUCAAGUGAGAGGUGUUAUGUCAAAACCUGGUUCACUCAGCAAAGAGCCACAAUCCCACAUACCAACAGAUCCCUGACACUCCAAACCUGCAGGGGGCAACCACAUCAGUGGUGGAGCCCCAGGUAACAGGAAGGAAGUGCCUGAGGAAUACAGGAAGCAUGGUGUUAAAAUGUUUGUAGUUGGUUCAGUCAGUCUGCUUUCCCCUGGAGACACCUCACAGUCACAGCUCCUGAUGAACGAUUGAAGACACCACUGGUUAUUAACCUAUUCUGUAACAUCCCGUUCAUCCCAUUCUGCCCCAAAAAUAAAAAACUGAAGAGUGAACAGAAUUGAGUUGUCCAUCGUCGUACUUCAACAGUUGAUCAGCCGUUUCUCAAGUUUGGGCAGAGCUGUGGCCAACAAACACACACUAAACAACACAUAACUUGACAAGCAGUUUCCUCUUCAGCUCCGCUUCUGAAAACGCAGUCAUGAGGAAUCUUUGGUCCAGGUGUGGUGUUUUUGGGUCAGUGACUGCAGCCUUUGGCUCGGUGCUGUGGUCACAAAAAUCCACCUCCACUGACACAAAUUCCAGUUCUUACAAACUGAAACUGGUCCAAGUCCUGUUCCGACAUGGUGCUCGAACCCCGUUAAAGUCAAUACCUGAUGUGAUAGAGGCCCAGUGGGUGCCGACGCUCUUGGAGCCUCCAACACACACGAACAUCAACUAUGUAGUGACAGACCUUCAUGGUGGCCCCAGGCCCCCAGCUCCUAUAGAAGACAGCUAUCGGGCAAACACACUGACGGGUGGCACAUUUCCUGGUCAGCUAACCACACUGGGAAUGCAGCAGUUGUAUGAGCUGGGCAAGAGGCUAAGGACAAAAUACAUUGAGGAGAUUCCCUUCCUCAGCUCCACUUUUAUCCCAGCUGAGGUCUAUGUGCGCUCCACUAACAUUGUGAGGACCAUUGAAUCUGCCAAGUGUCUGGUAGCAGGGCUAUUUAAGCAAAAACAAAAAGGAAUUGUUCAUAUAGAGACAACAGAUGCAGAAAAUGAAAUUCUGUAUCCAAACUAUCACGGAUGCCAGCUGCUCAAGAUCCUUGGCAGACACCGCUGGGCAGAGUCGUCCACUCUGCCAGACAUUGCAGCAGACCUGCAAAGCAUCCAGGAUGCACUGGGCAUCCCUGCUCACCAGUCUAUCAACUUCAUCCUCAUUAGGGACGACAUCGUUGCCAGAGAGGCCCAUGAUCUGCCCUGCCCACCAGAGCUGGACACAUGGAGGAAGACAGUGGAAGAGAGAGCUGUCGAUACAAUAUGUUAUGUCUAUGAACCCAGCAAGAGCGAGAACUUGCAGCUGUGUGUGGGACCACUGCUGCACAUGAUGUCAACCAACAUGGAGGAGAAACUACAGGGCAACUCAUCGGAGACAAACAGAAAGCUGUUCUUGUAUUCUGCACACGACGAAACUUUGGUUCCCUUUCUGAUGGCUCUGGGGAUUUUUGACAUGAAAUUGCCUCCGUACGCUGCUGAUAUCACCCUGGAGCUGCAUCAGCACAGAAAGACCAAUGAGGCCUUUGUUAAAGUGUCAUACAAUGACCAGGAUCAACUUAUUCCAGGUUGUAGUGGAGUCUACUGCCCCCUGCAGGAGUUCAAAAAGGCUGUUUCAGCAUACUCGCUGAGUUUAGAAGACCACCAGUCCCUUUGUAACAGCACUGAGGGCUUAACCAAGCCCUGAACCCUCAACAGACCUUUACCAGUGACAUUUAACACUGAUACUUGCUUCAUGUUCAUUUAACAUCUUCAGUUUUCACAGCAUCCAGCCUCCAUUUAGUUUUACCUCACUGUCCGACUACAAUGGACAAGUUAUACUGUAGCCAUUUUCAGAGAUCAUGUAGUUAAAAUCAAAGUCUACCUCUCCAUAUGAACACUGUAAUAAAGUUUAUAGCCUAGAGGAAAUGUAACACAAAACACUGGUGAAGCACAACAGCACGAUGCAUAGAUCAUGCAGGAACAGAUGCACUGAUGAACUUGCAGCAGAGUAUCCUUUUGUGAUUUGGUCUAUGUCGAGAUAAAUGUGGCUGUAAAAUAUUGGCAUGUGUAAAUCAGUCAAGUUAUUGAUCACAAAAACAUAAGACAUGAAUUUCAUUGCCACCCCCAUUAGAUGGCAAAUAGAUGAUUUAGAUGAAGUUCUUUCCUAUAAUGGCUGGACUUGAACAGGUUUUACUAAUGGUUCUUGAACAUGGUUGUAUCCAGUUUUUCCUGUAAUAAAGAAAAUGUCACCCAUUGAAAA